AUGACACGUGCAACACGUAACCAAGCAAUGGAGGAGGAACAGGCCGGCCGCCGCGCGACAAGGGGGACGUCUAAACAAAUCGAUAGGGAGAGUGGUGGCGGCGCUAAAAAAAACAAUGCGUUCGUCGCUCGUGGCAUUGGGCCGAAAAAAGCGGCGGCAAAAAAGGUCGCGCGCGGUCAACAGGAGGCCGGCAAGAAAGCGGCAGACAAGGGGCCUAAACCAACGCCACGCAAGCGUGUUUCUACAGUGAACAAAGCUGCGGAUGGUGCCUCUGCUGGAACCGAGCCCGGUCCGAGUAAAGACGGCACCACUGGCGGCAACGAAGAUCCGGGGCGAGGGAGCGCGAGUCUUGCACUCCCGUCGGCGGAGAUGGAGGGUUCGGCGACAGGGGGAAAUCACGGAGGCGAUCCUCGCGCCGAGCAUGCCGCAACCAAGGAGUCUGAAGAGGCGGCAACGCAACACCAUCUGACGCUGCUCCAGCCGAGCGUGGUCCAAGUUUCUGCAGCCGUGCUGGAUAAGGACAAGGUGGCACAGCACGAGUCGGUGGGGCUGGUCGGUGGCUCUCCUCCUUCUGGUGGACGGGGAAGGCGUAGGCAAAGGAAGAGCGAUGGGGAGGAGGAUGAUGACACCGCCGUGCCCGGGGACCUCACCACGCGGGCGAAGAGGCGCCAGACGACAGGUAGUGCUGACAACGCCGGAGGCGUGGAAGUUGACACACCGCGAGGCGCCAAGGAAGCUAGUGGCAAGGCGGGCGGUCAAGCAUUGCGCCAGAAGGGCCGCCCCGCAGCAAGAAAAGCAUCUGGCGGAAGGAGAGGCAAGAAAGCGGCGACAGGAACGAGGCCGAAACGGGGCGAUGAAGACCCCGGUGAUACGGAGGAGGAGGAGGAUGAGGAGGAGGAUGCGGAGGGAGAGGAGGAUGAAGAGGAAGCGGAGGAGCAAGACGCGGAUGUUGGGGAGGAUGCUAAAGAUGAGAAUGAUGGCGGGGAGGACGAAGAGGAGGAGGAGGAGGAGGAGGAGGAGGAGGAGGAGGAGGAGGAGGAGGAGGAGGAGGGGGAUGAGGAGGAGGAGCAGGGUGACGAGGAGGAGGAGGAGGAGGAGGAGGAGGAGGAGGAGGAGGAGGAGGAGGAGGAGGAGGAGGAUGUGGCGCCAGGGAAGAGACGGGGCGGGCGUGGCGGUCGGGUGAGUGGGACAGGGAAGGAGGGGGGCCGGACUCACCCUUCCCGAAAACGCGGGGCAGGUGACGCUGCGCGCGGCGAAGCAGCGGGCAAACCAAAGGCGCGUAAGGUGAAGGUCGAAAGUGAAGGGGUUGGUAAAAAGCAAGGGAGCCAGGGUGCAAAAGGGGAUGGAGGAGGAAAGGGUGGCCGCGCCAAAGGGGUUCGAGUGGGUACCGGCAAGAAGGAACCUGCCGGUGAAAGUGAGGAGCACGAGCAGUUUGUUACACGGGAGGAGUUCCAGGCGCUGCGGUCUGAGAUGUACGCCAUGUUUGCACAGCUCGGCCUGCGUCGUGGAGUACCUGCCAGCUAUGCCGGCGAGUCGGCAGCCCUGCCUAUGGCUGGUACCCCGCCGCCGAUGAGCGCCGUGGACAAGGCACGAGUGCUAGUGUUGCAGGAGACAAACCCAUUCCCGGUAUGUGGCGGGCCAAAUGGGGCGGGUUGGGGUUGA